CACACACACGCCCAGUGUGACGGAUUCUUGUGAACUCCACCCUGCUGCUCCUCUCUUUCAGGAAAUGUUCCUUAACUUACAGCAGCUCAGACCCUGGAACAGACGGACAGGCCGCUGAACAACUUUAUAUUAAACCUUUAACAUAAUUAUUUCAGCACUUUGGGGUCUCCUUGUAAACAAAAGGCGUGACCGUCACCGGUCGCUCGUUCUCCUCGGGGAAUCAACAGGCAGGCUGUGUCUUUCGUUGGCAUCUGUUUCUUGGUAAAAUGUCCAGGUCAGACUACCCUCCAGGGUACGACGAAUCCCGGGGCCCGCUGUACGCCCCGCAGGGUGGAGGAUACCCACCACCCCCAGCAUAUGGCUUCCCUGGCUUUGGUGGUCCCCAGCCGGGCCAGCCCUCUGCCCCUUACCCCGCUGGUCCGAACGCCCCUAUGUUCCCGGGCCAACCUGGGGGCUACCCGGGCCAACCUGGGGGCUACCCGGGCCAACCUGGGGGCUAUCCUGCCGGCCCGUACCCAGGACAGGCUCAGCCGGGUGGGCCUCCAGGAGCUGGCUACCCCAUGCCCCCUCCAAUCAUGCCGCCCAUGCACAUCCCAUCAGAUAUCAUGAGCUCUGAUGACCCAGAUGAUGGGUUUGCGGCGAGGGGCAGCAGCUUCGACAGUAUGAGCAUUCGUCAUGCCUUCAUCAGAAAGGUGUAUUUGAUUUUGGCUGCUCAGCUCCUCGUCACCACAUCUAUUGUGGCUCUGUUCACAUUUGUCCGACCUGUCAGAUUGUUCGUGCAGAGAAACCCGGCUCUCUACUGGGCAUCAUACGCUGUGUAUUUCGUCACCCACCUUGUGCUGGUCUGCUGUAAGGGCCCCAGGAGGAAGUGCCCAUGGAACGUCAUUCUGCUUUGCAUCUUUACCCUGGCUUUCUCCUAUGUGACUGGAUCAGUUUCCAGUUACUAUGACACAAAAGCAGUGUUUCUCGCUCUGGGGAUCACUGCCGUCGUCUGCAUCGCCGUCACUGUAUUCUGCUUCCAGACAAAGGUGGACUUCACAAAGUGCCAGGGCCUUUUCUGUGUCCUGGGGAUCGUAGUGUUCGUGACUGGCAUCAUAACAACCAUUGUGCUGUCAUUCAAAUAUAUCCCGUGGCUUCACAUGCUCUAUGCAGGUAUAGGAGCCAUCGCUUUCACUCUGUUCCUAGCUUACCACACCCAGCUGCUGAUAGGCAACAGGAAGCACUCCAUCAGCCCAGAGGAGUAUGUGUUCGCCGCACUCUCCAUUUACGUCGACAUCGUCCAGAUCUUCCUUUUCCUGCUGCAGAUUAUUGGUGCUUCUACCAAAUAAGUGCACCCAAGGGAAAACAAAUGGCAGGGUGCAGACAACAAACUCACCUUUUUUUUUUUUAAAGCUUUUGCUGUCAGUCAGAAUCAGAAUACAUUUAUUCAAAUCAUGACAUAUAAUACAAAUGUCAAGGGCUGAAUUUAAGGUUUUGUCAUAGGUGAAUCCUAUGCACAAAAAAAUGCACUUUUUCCGAAAUGAAUAUUUAUCUUUGUCUGCAUUAAACAAAUUAUCAGUGGCUUUAAGAGUAUUAAUAAUACAAUGUAAAUACAGUAGAUACCUAUGGACACUGGACUGCCAGCUGCAACAUUUAUUCACUCUUACCGGACUCAUGUUUUAACGCAGACCGUGUCUCCAAAUGUGUCUUCUCAUGAUGUUCUGCUACACAUGGACUGGUGCCUAUCUGUAAAAAAAAAAUAAUGAGAAAAUGAGCAGAUUUCUUUUUUUUUAUUCCAUCUCAAUUUUGCCAACACAGAGGCCCGUCUCUGUGGCGUUGAAGUAAAGUAGGUGGGGGUGGGCAAUGCCUCAACAUUUGGUUGCAGAUAACCAAACAAAUGCAAUGGCCAGGAUAGUAAUUAUUUGUAUUUAAAGCAGGUUAUAUAGGCCUACCUAAUUGUUGAGUAAAAACCAAAAACAUCAUGGUUAAUUUAUUGAAUUAAUCUAUAAUAGCCUACUUUUAUCUACAUUUUAACCAAGGAAAUAUUUUUACAACAUCAGGCAUUUCUUUAACAUUUGCGCCAAAUCGUUGAUGUUAUAGUUCUAUGGGGUAAACUGCAGCAAGCAAGUAAUUAGCUUAGCUUAGCAUGAAUGAUUUGAAAUGGAGAAAUGGCUAGUCUGGCUCUGUCUGAGGGUUAAAAAAUGCUCACACAUUUAAAAUGUAAUAUCACGCUUAAGUCAUAGAAAAUCUAAGUGUACAUACUUAAGGUUGUGCAUGUUUUUCCUGAUAUGCCAGAAUUAUUCUUGCCCUCUAUUAGCAACUUCCUAAACUUUUCAUUUUAAAGUAGAACUUGCUUGAGAGGUGCUGAUAAGUGGAACAAACAACUUUCGGACGAAUUCUGGCUAAACAUUUCCCUCCCAUUUUUUAUUUAUGCUAAGCUAACUACCUCCCAGCUAGCUGUAGCAUCAUUGGUAUCUAUCAGCUCAUCUUUCUCUCAGCAAUUUUACAAGCAUAUUUUUCAAUUUUAUACUUUAAUUGUAUACAUCAGUCCAAAGGCCAAGUAGGAUUUAAUGGUAAAUAGUUUGAAAGGUGAGCUCAACAGAUAUGCACACAACAGCAGAUGAAAAGCUAAUAAAUCUGCUUUUAGUGUGUAUGUGCAUUACACAUCUUCCAUGUUACAUUUGGUAUAGAUUCUAGCGACAGUCUGGAUACUCAAAACUACUCUUAGCGUCAGCAGUAUUGAUACUUUGGUGACCAAUCUGCCCACCAAAUAGCUCGGUGCAUCUGAUUGUAACUACGCACGUUUUUAACAUAUAUAUAUGGUUCUACAUCACUAGUGCCUUCACAAUGAAGAUGUAUCAGAGAUUCAUUUUUUUUUUUACCACAGAUUUGAGUAUUGUUACAUAAGUAUCCUUUUUAUAUAUAUAUUCUGGUGUCAUGGUCAGACCUCGGUCAGAUGCAUAGGUGCUAGCAGGGCUUUUUUUUCUUACAGGAUAACACAGUCAAUGCCAUGUUGUUAAAUUAAUGGAUCAUUGUUCAAAUGCUCCUAAAUGACCAAUCACUGCCAGCUAGUCUUCUCCACAAGUAUAGACGCUAUGUUAAGACCCAUGUUACAUAUAACCCUUGCCUCAAAACAGCUACGGUGGACAUGUUGAAUGUGAAGCACUGAGUGUCAUUGUGGGUUACGGGUUUGUAAAUAUACAUGUCAAUUAUGUUUACCUUUCAUAUCAAAUAAAUAUAUGUAUUUGA